GGGCGGGGCGCGCGCGGGGCCGGUGGCGGUGGCGGUGGCCCCGCCAUGGCGCUGUCGCCCUACGUGCAGGCCAUGCAGGAGCUGUUCCGCGCCAACACGCGGAGCCGCGAGUUCCCGGCGCACGGCGCCAAGGUGCACUCGGUGGCCUGGAGCUGCUGCGGCCGCCGCCUCGCCUCCGGUUCCUUCGACAAGACCGCCAGCGUCUUCCUGCUCGAGAAGGACCGGCUGGUAAAGGAGAACAACUACCGGGGUCACGGGGACAGCGUGGAUCAGCUCUGCUGGCACCCCAGCAACCCUGACCUCUUUGUCACAGCGUCUGGGGACAAAACCAUUCGCAUCUGGGACGUUCGCACCACCAAGUGCAUCGCCACUGUCAACACCAAAGGUGAGAACAUCAACAUCUGCUGGAGCCCCGAUGGACAGACCAUCGCUGUGGGGAACAAGGAUGACGUGGUCACCUUCAUUGAUGCCAAGACACAUCGCUCCAAAGCUGAGGAGCAGUUCAAGUUUGAGGUGAACGAGAUCUCCUGGAACAACGAUAACAACAUGUUCUUCCUCACCAAUGGCAAUGGCUGCAUCAACAUCCUCAGCUACCCAGAGCUGAAACCCAUCCAGUCCAUCAACGCCCAUCCUUCCAACUGCAUCUGCAUCAAGUUUGAUCCCAUGGGGAAAUACUUUGCCACGGGCAGUGCUGAUGCGUUGGUCAGCCUCUGGGAUGUGGAUGAGCUGGUGUGUGUGAGGUGCUUCUCCAGGCUCGACUGGCCCGUGAGGACGCUGAGCUUUAGCCAUGAUGGGAAGAUGCUGGCCUCGGCAUCAGAAGAUCACUUCAUUGACAUCGCUGAGGUGGAGACAGGAGAGAAGCUCUGGGAGGUGCAGUGUGAGUCCCCCACCUUCACAGUGGCCUGGCACCCGAAGAGGCCGCUGCUGGCCUUCGCCUGUGACGACAAAGAUGGCAAAUACGACAGCAGCCGAGAGGCUGGCACCGUCAAGCUCUUUGGGCUCCCCAAUGACUCCUGAUGAAGCUGCUGCAGCCUGGGAGGCAGCACCUGCCUGCUCUUGGGGGUGGGGAGCUUAGAUAGGAU